AUGACUGUGUCGCUGGGACAAGCAAUCUACGUUGCUGUAAAACCUAUAUUCAAGAUAUACUUGAUCAUCGGAGUCGGGUUCGGUCUGGCAAGGUACGGUAUUCUGAGUGUAGAGGCUACCAGGAUCGUUUCAGAUAUUGUGCUGACAGUUUUGAUCCCAUGUCUUGCGUUCAGUAAGAUUGUUCCCUACAUAGAAGGCCAGGACAUCAAACAAGUGGGGAUAAUAUGUCUGUCGUCCGUGCUGGUGUUCGGGACUGGUCUGUUUAUGGCUUUCUUAGUCAGAACGUUCUUACCAGUGCCAAAGAGAUGGCGAGGAGGUAUUUUAGCUGGUGGGAUGUUUCCUAAUAUCAGUGAUUUGCCCAUCGCCUAUUUACAAAGCAUGGACAAUGGCUUCAUAUUUACAGAAGAAGAAGGCAACAAGGGUGUUGCCUCCGUUAUCAUCUUCAUGACUAUGUUCAUGAUCUGCGUGUUCAACCUUGGAGGAUUUCGACUGAUAGAGUCUGACUUCCAUUAUAAUGACAUCGAAAAUGCAGAUCAAGAGUCAACGAGUAGCUCACACGAUGAUGAUGAAGCUUUAUCAAAGAAACGUGUAGGAGAUACUAGUACAAUACCUGUAGUCAGUAACAACAACUCAAACUAUGAACUAAAAUCUAGGACAAAAAUGAGCUCCAACAUCGAGAAUGAUGUAAACAUCACAAGUUCUUCUUCUGCCAACACGGAUGAUAUAAAUAGCUUACACUCUCAAGGAACAAGAAGUACAGAAGCGUCGAUUCCAAGCACAUUUUCCUAUACAACAGAAGCUCAAGACUUGGGAUCAGCUCAACCAAGACAUUAUUCUAGGGAGUUAUCCAGAACAGAUAACUCAAUUUUAUCAUAUAGGAACUCAACUAACCGUAGAAACACAGAUGGCAUUACUAGAGUUAGAUCUCUAGAUCUACGCGAUGGCCCUCCGCAAGACAUGAAUGAUAUUAUCAAGGAAUACUCAAAUGUUGAUCAAUUUGGACACAUUAGGGAGAACCCAUAUUACAAAUCGCCCGAGCCUCAUGCAGAUGGACAAUCUGAAGAACCAGAAUAUGGACUGGGACGUAUCUUGACAUCAGAUGCUACUGUCACAACCAAAGAUAUACGGAAGUCUGGGAACUUCCUACCAGAGAAAUUAAGAAAAUUUUCUGUUGUCCCUCUUAUUGUCUUCUUCCUAAAGAAUUGUUUAAGGCCUGCCUCAAUUGCUGUUUUCAUUUCUUUAGUAGUUGCCUUCAUACCUUGGGUCAAAGCACUAUUCGUCACCACGGAACAUACUCCUAAAAUACACCAAGGACCAGAUGGCCAGCCAGUACUCAGUUUUUUGAUAGAUUUUACAAGUUAUGUUGGCUCUGCCGCUGUGCCAUUCGGUCUGAUGCUACUGGGAGCAACUUUAGGCCGUUUAAAAUUGGGAAAGUUAUACCCAGGAUUUUGGAAAUCCGCUGUGGUGCUGGUCAUCUUGAGACAAUGUGUAAUGCCAAUAUUUGGUGUUUUAUGGUGUGAUAGACUAGUGAAGGCAGGGUGGUUAAAUUGGGAAAGUGAUAAGAUGCUUUUAUUUGUCAUUGCUAUCAAUUGGGGACUGCCAAGUAUGACUACAAUUAUUUAUUUCACGGCAAGUUACACGCCUUUAGACUGCAAAGAUCCCAUUCAAAUGGAGUGUGUUUCAUUCUUCCUAAUGUUACAAUACCCACUACUAAUUGUAAGUUUACCAUUUCUCGUGACAUACUUCCUUAAAGUUCAAAUCAAAGUUUAG